UUUGACUAAAUGGACCUAGAAGGAGUAAUGAAGCAGAAGAAAAGAAUGCACCUUAGACGGAGGACAAGACAGAGUUCAGGCAAAAGAGCGAAAUUGUACCCCUAAUUUAGGACAUUCAGCACAUCAGAAUUUAGUUACCAAAUAAUAUACAUAUGCCUCAGAAUGGCAAUGCGAUGCCAAAGUUUUACCCAGUCAGGAAAUCUAAAAGACCAGGGACAGCGGUGAACAGGAAGUCUCAUUUACAGAAAUUUUGGGCUCCGAUCACAAGAGAUGAAACCAAGAUGAGCAGGAGACUCAGAAGUAGUGGAUCGAAGAAGAACAACAGGACUAAUAGUGAUGCAGCCAAUAGAACUAAUGUACUCACAAGUCCUGUGAGUGAUACAAGGAGUCCUAAAAUUAGAAUUACAACUAAGAAAAAGGGUGUAGUUAAAAAGUACAAGAAAUGCCUUCGGAUGCUUAAAUUAGUAGAUCUAUAUCUUGAUACGAAUUUGACAAAAUCUGUGCUUCACCGGAAGCUCCCAAAGAAAACUUCUAGAAAGAGGAAAUUCUUAAGGAAAUUCAAUAAUAAAACAAGUCAAGCUAGAAACAUUAAGGUGAAUAGUUUCCCUGAGGGAGAACUUGCUAAUACAACAGACGAAAAGAACAUAUCAAAGGUAGAACUAAAUGAAGCGUCUAAGGAAGAUAUGGAUCCUCUCAACCUUGUAGAAGUAGUUGCUCAUGACUAAGUUUCAAC